UUUACAUGCCCUUGAGACAGGACAGAUACCAUGGUCAGUUAUCUUCCUAUUCUCGCCUGUUGGAGGUAUAGGCAGUGAUUCAUGUAUGAUUAACUGUACGAUUCCUCUCAAAAGCACAAAAAAGGAAUUUUUCGUUACUCAUUUAGCAACAAAUAUUUGUGGUAACGUGGCAGUAAACUGGUUUUGAGUUGGCUGUGCUACUUCGAAACUUGACGAGUCGUAUACAUGUUCAUACUUCCUGCCCUUUCUUCAAAUUUUUUAUCGUCAGAAAACAAUACUAGGAGUGGAAUUCUGUUUUACAUAUCAACAGCAUGUUUAACUCUCGGUUCGCCAAGCUUCGGUUUAAGCUAUUCUGUAAUUAUGUUGUGAUCAGUUUCAUCUUUGGAAAUUUUUAUGGCUCCGGUUAGUGCAUCAUACGACUAAAGGAUUUCACUUCCUAUUUCAACUCAAAAUUCCACUACUUGGAUAGCGACAAAGUCUAUUAGCACAGAUACCUACGAACCUAUACUUCAACUUAAGUGCUGGACCGGACAAUACAAAACUUUAUAACAUUAUUUAGUCAAGGAGAAUGAACUAACAAUCACAGAACUCUCACUCAAGAUCCUAUUUCGACAUCGUGAUAUAAACAACUUUUGUUACCGGAGGUUCAGUUAUAUUAUAUAUAAAACAUGAGUGAAAGCGUUACCUCAUCUGAAGAAUUUGGAUAUCCGCGCUUGUCUCUCUUUCAAAAAUCAGAACAAGAAGGUUUAAAUCAGUGCACUGAAACUCUAAAGAGUCGCAGACCAAACACUUUAGCACUUGAGAAUUGUGAUAAAAACCAUAAAACACACUCAAAACGACCUACUGUUUUAGAUGUUUGUGAUUCGUCUACAAAAGCUGUUUGCGAUACGAGUGCUUGCUCUGCAUCAGUUAUUUCGGCGUCAUUAUCCGCAAGUCCAAUCAGAAGACCUAGUUUUCUGCCAAUACCUUCACAAGGAAGUAACGCUUCAGGUUUUCAAAAGCCUCAUGGCGGAUUUAUGUCAGGAAAUAGUAGGAGGACUACACCUACAGUUAGGGUCCCAUCUGAUCUUAUACAACCUGAUUCUAUGGGAAUGCUUCCCAAAAAAAAUGAUACACGGUUACUGAGAUGUCAUACCUGUCGAACUUUCGUAAGACAUCGACCAAGUAAAUGUCGCUACAUGUCUACCAAACAUUUUUUAGCAUGGUCGUGGAAUAAUACACAAUUACACAGUGUAUUUUGUUUUGAUAACUUCCGUGUCAUCCGUAAGAGAAUAUACUGUCCUUAUCGUUCUACUUGUAACCAACAUAAAAGACGUGUAUAUAAUCGUCCAUCACAUAUCCUUGGUGGUUCUGGCUACCUUUCACAUUCAAAAAGAUUUUCUAGUUUACUGUCUGUUAGCAGAUGUUUUUCCCAUACCCUGACCAAGUAUAUGGAUUUUAACUUUUCGGAUAUUGGAACGAGUUCCACUCGUUUGUGCCCAACACUUUAUAGGAGAAUCAGUAACUUUGUUGGUACUAUGCAUUCCGGAAAAUCCAAUGAAACCGUUGAAAGUCCAGUUUUUAAUUCAAUGAACUCGUCCGAAGUAAAUGACACACUGAUAAAAUCCAGUAAAAACCUCAGCGAGCCUACUCAUAAACUAUAUGAUAAGAAAAUUACCCCACCCAAUACCGUAUAUAAGGAUGAAAAUGUACAAACCAUAAAUAUUAAUAUUGAUGAUGCAGACUACUUCUUUCAACAGCGGAUCGAUCAUUUGCUAACAAAUACUGGUUUUGUCGAGAACUGGCAGGACAGCAAACAGUUUUACACUUCCAAAAAGCUGCAACAAAUUCAACCUCACGGAGAUAUUUGGCCUCCUCUGGUCAUAAAUUCCCAUCCAGAGUUGGUUCUUCAAUAUAAUCCUCCAAUCGGACUACUAGCGUCACUCCUUGAAAAUAAAAAUAGACAGUCUGACUGUUCAUGUGUUAAGAAUGUCAACGGAUUAACCAUUGGUUCAGAGAAAGGUUCUUUAUGUUCAGUGGCCAUGAAACCAGUAACACAAUCUGAUUACUUGUCUGAGUCGGAGCAUGUACUUCCUGGCAUAACGAUAGCUCUCACUCGAAAUCUCCAUAUUCAUGUUCAUCCAACUGAUUUAACUUGCUGUUUAAAUAAAUCUGCUUGGUGUUUUUCAUCAAGUGGUUUUUAUCAGUUUGGGCAAGAAGAGAUUGUCAUUCUGUUACGUAGGCGUUCCGAUGAAAAACUACCACCAUUGGAGAUAUUUUAUCAAUACUGGCUUAUAUAUCAAGCUUUGGUAACUUACGCUGAGAAACAAGUUAAAAGCAAUGUAGAUUUUGAAUCAUUCAACUCUCAAACAUAUAAUAAACCUUUCGGUUCAGCACCAUUUCGUUCACAUGAUUGUUUUUUUGAAAAAGUUUACUUUUCGAAUGAUCGUUGUCUUAGUUCAUCCUAUACUGAUUCAUAUCUGGCGAGUGGUUACUCUUGGCUAAAUUCCAAAUCUUUAACAAGUUAUAAUAAUGGAAAUAGUAAUCCAUAUGGCUUCAUAUUUUUCCAUCCAACCCACCAAUGUUUAUUAGGCUUACGUCUUCCAAACCCACCGUUUUUAAUCGCUCUGCUGGUACAUAUACAAGAAGCACCUUGGGCAUAUCGUCUGCCGAGUAGAAUCCUAUUAAAUCUAGGCAAAAUGUCACAUUAUUAUCCAACUACUUUGCUAUCUGAUCGUGAUCGCAAAAUUUUAUUUAAUUGUAAAUUAGACGGAGAAAGCUUCUUACAACUAUUCACAAAUAUAAGACCAUUUAUCUAUCCAGAUUUCAUGACAUUUACGCCUAAACAAAAAUGUAUCCCGUUACCGGAAUUGUUAUUUCGUAUAAGUGGAUUUUAUGCACACUUGAAUGUAGUUAAAAAUGAAUUGGAUAAAAAUACUACUAUGCAUAGUAAUAGUGUCGAAGAUAUAAUUGUGGAACUUCUAAUACCCAUGUCUUCACUUGCUUCUGUGGCUAGAUUUUUAGACUCAACUUCUAUGGAGUCAAUGUCAUUUGCCCUAUCGGCCGACUGUAACCCAAUGUCUGAUUCCCACUUAGUUUGUUCUCAGUCAAAAACGCUACACACAGAGUCUAAGAACAACUUAUGCCAUAAUAGGUUAAUUUGUCCCAACGUUUCCAAUUCACAAACAGUUUCAAAUGCAAAUUAUUUUAGCGAUCAAAAUUUUUCUGAUACUUUCGAUACUGAGGCCAUUUCAAUUGAAAAUACAAAACUCAAGAUAACUGGUGUGAGCUUUGUCGCCUUUUCUGGUCAUGCCACAUAUUGCAAUGCAAUAAUCGUCGAGGAUGGGAUAUAUGUUUCUUUAACAAAUUUAAAAUUUUAUCAGCUAGUCAACAGUUUAAAGACUGGUUCUGAUCUAUCCAUUCCUAUACUACCUAGUUUUAACAGCCAACCGUCUACCCUAGUAGAACACAUCGAUGAUGAUUUAGGAGAUUAUAUCGGGAAUCCAGGAAUAUUUAAUAGAAACGUUGCCUCAUCUGUGCACAUAAAGUGGUUUAAAGUUUUUGAUUCAUUUUUAUCAAGUGCUUCAUUUAGCAAUACUGAUGCUUUUUCGUGUUGCACUAAUUCUGUUGGCAUAUGGGACUUCGAACCCAUUACUACAUUCUUAGUGCCAGUUCAUUACCAACUAUGGCACUGGAUACGUCUAAAUGAAAGUAUUAUUUCAAGCAGUGAAAGUCGGUCAAGUUUCUUACCUACUACGAGACCAAGUGAUUCACCUGUUUUACGAUUGGCAUGGAUUCGAUUCCAUAUAUUAAAUGUUGAUCAAUUGGAAAUUAUUAAUACAUCAUCGAGUAAAACAAUGACUUUUGGACAUUUAUCUAAUGAAAUAGCUGAAUGUGUAGUCAAAGCUCUUCAACCCUACCUCGGUCAUCUCCUUAACAAGAAUCGUACACAGAUUACCUUACGCAUUCUGUUGCAACCACCAGAUCACGUUGGUUAUCGUAUGGGUGCCUCAUGUCAGGAGGUAUAUACACAACGCAAUCAACUGCAAACAUCAAAUGAUCUAGAAGAUUCCAGUUGUGAGAAUAGUGACGAAAUGUAUGCUGAUGCAUUAGACGAUAUAUUAUUGCCCGUUUUAUCUUCAUGGGCUAAUUGCUUAAAAGUUGUCAAUCCAAUUAGAAAGACAGAACAACGUUCUACAGGUACUUCUAACUCUUGUUAUUAUCUUGAUGAAAUAAUUCAGAUGGAGUUUGAUUUUUGUAUUUUAAAUUAAAUUUAUCUUAGCAUGGAAAAGAAUAUUAGACAUACAUUUUUAUUGAACAUUAAAAAGCAGCCUGUUCCCAGCAAUUUGAAUCCCUAAUUUUCAUCGUUUGCCCCAUUUCCUUGUUAUUUUUUGUCUAGCUUAUUCCUCGAUCAGAUAUUCUUGACAGUUUACGUCGUUAGGAAAAUGACAAACUGUAUAAUCAUAGCACAAUUACUAUUCACCUGAAUCUGUGUUCUUAUUUUCCCUUUUAUGUGUACAUGAUGAUUCACUUGUUGUAUCUGUAGUUCCUGUAGUAUGUGAUUAUUAACUAAUUUUGACAAUAAUUUCUGUGAAAUGGAAGUUCAUUAAGAAGUCUUUUCAGGCGGACUUGUUCGUUUCAUAAAAGGAUGAAUCGCCUUGCUUUCUUCGAAGAAAAUUUUCUCAAUUGAGAAACAGCCUUUAUUUUUACUGAAAUAGAUUCGUAGUCCAAUAUCAAGAACA